AUGACGUGCGCACGGCCUCGGCGGCAGUGCACGGACCACCCUUCUGACUAUUUGGUGAAGGUCGAGGCCGUGUCUCUACCGGAUGAAUGGUGCCGUGUGACCAGUCUAAGCUCUCUGUCUGUAUCCUCUUUCAGUAGAUGCCGCGGUGGAAGAUUGAGACAGAAGAUGGGAGCGGGAGCUGGUCCAGCUUCUGAUGGGUCUAUGUCCGUCCUCUCCGAUGACUGUGUCGCUUCGACUAUUGGUAAGGAGGAGAAAUCUGAUGGCCAGGUAGCUUCCGAACACGACUUAGUGGCCUCUGAUAUGGAGUUUGUCCUUACAAAAGAAGGCGUUGUCAGGACCAGACGUUGGAAAUUGUCUGCGUCUAUGAGCUAUGGCUAUAGGGCCUUGCAGGGAACAGACCUAGUGAUGUAG